AUGAUCUUCUCUACGAUCCGAAAGCCGGCCCUGGUGGCACUUGGUAUUGUGUUGGCUUUAGUGCAGGCUAUUCCUUCGAGUACACUACGUGCCAAGCCACGCAGUCUUUCCUUUGAUUACAACAACCAGAAAGUCCGAGGAGUGAAUCUCGGAGGAUGGCUAGUACUAGAACCAUGGAUUACUCCCUCGAUUUUUGAGAAAGGAGGAGACGCCGCCGUGGACGAAUGGACUCUUACACAGUGCCUCGGCAAAGACGGUGCACAAAGUCUGCUGUCACAGCAUUGGAAUACCUUUAUUACAGCUGCAGAUUUCCAGCAAAUUAGCGCUGCUGGUAUGAACCACGUUCGCAUUCCUGUCGGCUAUUGGGCUGUCGUACCUCAGCCUGGUGACCCUUACGUCCAAGGGCAGUUGGACAUCCUGGACCAAGCUAUUGAGUGGGCCCGUGCAGCAGACCUGAAGGUCAUUGUGGACUUGCAUGGUGCACCGGGAUCCCAGAAUGGUUUUGAUAAUAGCGGCCGUCGAGGGUCUAUUGACUGGGACCAAGAUCCCACACACGUCAACAUAACAUUAGAUGCGAUCCAGGCCCUUGCUGAGCGAUAUGCGCAAUAUACUGAUGUGGUCACUAUUAUUGAGGCUCUCAACGAGCCCAUGUCUGUCAUGGGCCCUUCCGGUGUCGACUUGAAUACACUGAAACAAUUCUACUAUGACUCAUGGGGUCGGAUACGUGCGGUUAAUCAAGAUACCGUUCUCGCAAUGCACGAUGGAUUCCAGGACAUUGAUUCAUGGAAUGGCUUUAUGGGACCUGACUCAGGUGUCUGGAAUGUCAUGAUGGACACUCAUCAUUACGAGGUGUUCGACAACGGACUUCUGUCUGAUAACACUGACCAACACGUUCAGUCAGCUUGCUCCUUUGGAAAGAACAAGGUUAGCCCCACCGACAAAUGGACGGUUGUUGGUGAGUGGACUGGAGCCAUGACAGAUUGUGCCAAGAAUCUCAACGGCCGCGGAGUUGGUGCUCGGUGGGAUGGUAGCUACGGAUCAGGAAGUUCCUUUCACGGAAGCUGUAACGGAUAUGCUCAGGGUCAAGUGACUGAUCUAUCAGAUGAUGCGCGUACCGACAUCCGUCGAUUCAUCGAAGCACAGUUAGAUGCCUUUGAGUGUCAUACUGGCUGGCUGUAUUGGACUUGGACCACUGAAGGCGCCCCCGAGUGGGAUAUGAAGGAGCAGCUAGCCACCGGUGUAUUUCCCAACCCAGUAACAGCACGCCAGUUCCCUGGACAGUGUGACUAG